ACAACCUAUCGAAGAGCAGCGGAGAUAACCUACUGGUGUGGUGCAUCUCAACUAAUAAACGAUCUCUUCGAUGACGCACAUUCCGCGCGAAACUCGGUUUGGGUAGCGUAAGUUUAAGUGGACAAUUUCAGAAUGAGCAAAAAAGAAAACGGCGCGACACUCAUUCUGGCCUAUCUGAAUGAGAAGAACCGGCCCUACAGUGCUCAGGAUGUCUUUUCCAACUUACAAAAGCAGCAUGGUUUGGGCAAAACGGCAGUUGUCAAAGCCGUGGAGCUGCUGGCGAUAGAGGGGAAAAUAAAGGAGAAAACAUAUGGAAAGCAAAAGAUUUAUUUUGCCGAUCAGGCUCAGUUCAAAGACGUGAAGGAUGCAGACCUGAAGGCUAUGGACUGUCAGAUCACAGAGCUCAGUGCUGAGGUGCAGUCCCUCACCCAGAGCUGCAGACAGCUAGAGGCAGAGCUGAAAGAGCUCAACAGCUCCCUGACAACGGAGGAAACGGUUUUAGAGAUCCAAGAGCUGAAAGCAGAGUGUGCUGGGUCCCGAGCACGUCUGGAAAAGAUAAAGUCAGCCACAAAUCACGUCACACCGGAAGAGAAAGAGAAGGUUUACAAAGAGCGGGAUGUAUAUGUGAAGGAGUGGAAAAAGAGGAAGAGAUUGGCUACAGACAUGAUCAAUGCAAUCCUGGAAGGGUAUCCAAGGAGCAAAAAGGAGUUCCUGGAUGAAGCCGGAGUGGAGACCGAUGAGGACUGUAAGGUGGUUCUCCCAAGCAGUUGAAAAGAACAAGAAAGG